AUGGCAUCUUCCAUGAAGAGCUUGUUUUCUGACCAUAGCAGAUAUGUUGAAUCUUUCCGGAGGUUUCUCAACAAUUCCACGGGGCAUCAGAAUGCUGAUAUUGCAUGGUGCUAUUGCAUGCAGCAAUUCAUGGACGAGAAGCUGCCGGGCAUAAUAGCAAGGAUUGGAGACACAAAAUCUGAAAUUAAGAUUCUAAGCAUUGGUGGAGGUGCAGGUGAAAUUGAUCUUCAUAGCCUCUCCAAAGUGCAGGCUCAAUACCCAGGAGUUAGUAUCAACAAUGAAGUUGUUGAACCAAGGGCUGAACAAAUCACCAAGUACAAAGAGCUUGUAGCCAAGACAUCAAACCUCGAGAACAUAAAGUUUACUUGGCAUAAGGAGACAUCACCUGAAUAUCAAAAUAGAAUGAUGGAGAAAAAAGAACUUCAGAAGUGGGACUUUAUUCAUAUGAUUCAGAUGCUGUAUUAUGUAAAAGACAUCCCAGCCACCCUGAAAUUCUUCCAUAGUCUCUUAGCUACCAGUGCUAAGAUUCUCAUUACUCUUGUGUCCAGAACCAGUGGCUGGGACAAGCUAUGGAAAAAGUAUGGAUCUCACUUACCCCGGGAUGACCUCUGCCAGUAUGUCACGUCAUCUGACCUCGUGCAGAUGCUGGACAAGUUGGGGAUUAAGUAUGAGUGUUAUGACCUUCUGUCCACCAUGGACAUAGCUGACUGUUUUAAUGACAGCAAUGAAAAUGAAGACCUGCUUUGGGAUUUUUUGACAGAAACCUGCAACUUUAGUACAACAGCACCACCUGAUCUCAAAGCAGAAAUUAUGAAAGAUCUGCAAGACCCUGAAUUCAGUGUAAAGAAAGAGGGAAACGUUCUUUUCAAUAACAGUCUGAGUUUCAUAGUGGUUGAGGCAUAUACAUCCACCAUGAGAAUGUAUUCAAAUACUAUAGCUUGA